UACAGCUCCCAGCCUGCCCUGGUCCCGCUGAGCCGGGCCGAGCCAUACCGGGCUGGGCCGAGCAGGUCCGGGCCGAACCGCUAUGGGCUGGCCCGCAGCCCCCCGGCUCGCCGCCCGCCUCCUCCUGCGCCGCGGCAUCGCCUCCUGCAUCGACCCAUCUGCAGGCCUGAGUGAGGAACAGAAGGAAUUCCAGAAAGUUGCCCUUGAUUUUGCUGCCCAGGAGAUGGCUCCACACAUGGCUGAGUGGGAUGAAAAGGAAAUAUUCCCUGUGGAAACCAUGAGGAAGGCCGCCCAGCUGGGAUUUGGUGGGAUCUAUGUCAAACCAGAUGUUGGUGGCUCUGGAUUGUCACGACUUGAUACCUCUGUAAUCUUUGAAGGCUUAUCAACAGGAUGUACCAGCACCACUGCUUACAUGAGCAUCCACAACAUGUGUGUUUGGAUGAUCGACACCUUUGGCAAUGAGGAACAGAGGCACAAGUUCUGCCCAUCUCUCUGUAGCAUGGAAAAAUUUGCUUCUUACUGCCUGACUGAGCCAGGAAGUGGAAGUGAUGCUGCUUCCCUGCUGACUGCAGCUCAGAGGAAAGGGGACACCUAUGUCCUGAAUGGCUCCAAGGCCUUCAUCAGUGGGGGAGGUGACACCGACGUGUACGUGGUCAUGUGUCGCACAGGAGGCCCAGGCCCCAAGGGCAUCUCCUGCCUGGUGGUGGAGAAGGGGACACCAGGGCUCAGCUUUGGCAAGAAAGAAAGGAAGGUGGGCUGGAAUUCCCAACCAACUCGGGCUGUGAUCUUUGAGGACUGCAUUGUUCCUGUUGGGAACAGGCUGGGAGCUGAAGGGCAAGGCUUCAGCAUUGCCAUGAAGGGACUGAACGGAGGCAGGAUAAACAUUGCUUCCUGUUCAUUAGGAGCUGCUCAUGCCUCUGUUCUUCUGGCUCGGGAUCAUCUCACUGUCAGGAAACAGUUUGGAGAACCUCUAGCAAACAAUCAGUACCUGCAGUUCAGGCUGGCAGAGAUGGCAACACGGCUGGUGGCAGCAAGGCUGAUGGUUCGGCACGCGGCACGGGCGCUGCAGGAGGGACAGGAGGACGCGGCUGUGCUCUGCUCCAUGGCCAAGCUCUUUGCAACUGAUGAGUGCUUUCUGAUCUGUACCAGGCUCUGGCAGAUGCACGGGGGCUAUGGCUACCUGAAGGAUUAUGCUGUGCAGCAGUUUGUACGAGACAUCAGAGUCCACCAGAUCCUGGAAGGUACCAACGAAGUGAUGAGGAUGAUUGUGGCCAGGAACCUGCUCCAGAACUGAAGCCAGGAGCUAAUCUCCAGCCUUAAAAACUCCUUCAUCUGUGAACAGCUUGCUCUGUUUCCUUCCCCUCUUCACCAACUCUCUCCCCAGGUGUGGAGAGGGGGGAUAACCCACUGGAAAUUCUUUUUUUUUUUUUUUUUUUUUGCCUUAUAUUGACAGCUGGAUGCCACCCACAUGCUGCCACAGCAGCAGCACCACUCUGUGCCUGGCAGAGCUGCUGUUGCCAGGCCAGUUAUUUAUGGUGCAGCCAGAAAAUCCAACAUGACAGCUGUCAAUAACCACCCUCUGUCCCCAAUUCUUGGUCCCCAGGGCUGCCUGCCACCCCUCCUCCUCAGAAGAGCAGCUCUGCUGAGUCAGGGCUGAAACAGGAGCUGCGGGCAGGGGUGCAGCUUCACCCCAGAGGAUUCUCAGUCUUAGCAGGGAGAUCUUGGCUUGGAGGGAUCUCCUUGUUCUGCUGGCAGACCUGGUGCUGAGGACAUGCCAGGCACAGGCACUGCAGCCCUCACCAGCACUGGAGGGCUGGGGCUCUUUCUGGUGCUGGAACAUCUCAUUCCCUUGCCUUGCAACUGCUGGGUCCCAUGCAGGGUCAGAAAAAACAGCAGGAUAUUACAGUUCUUUUUCUUUUCUUUCUCCUUUUCUCUUUUCUUUUCUUUUCUUUUCUUUUCUUUUCUUUUCUUUUCUU